AUGCCACUCUUGAUGAGCUGUGCAACAAAUUGUGAAAAAGCAGACAAACACUUUGACAACAACAACAACAACAGCAAUAACACAAAGCGCGACAAUGAACGCGGUUGUUCUUCACUACGGUGGGCAAACUUAAAGAUGCUUACAGACAACGGCUAUUGUUCCAGCCUUCUGUACGGUAACAUGGCGAGAAAACGUAUUGGCGUCAAUCGGGCUACGGACUAUGUCGGACCAUUCUUUCUGAACCACUUUACAAUUCAUUUGAACUUCCACUCACUGGUUGUGUCAUCUACCAACAUGGAGAAGAUCGCCGUCGUUAAAGGUCCAUGCGCCUAA